AAAGAAAUAGGGUCAUGUGGUGGGAAGACAGAGUGGUGAAAUGAAUGCAUUUGAAAACACAGACUAUUACUCAUGGAGGAGCCCAGGAAGAGGCUCCCGAUUUGUGUUCCAUCCUGGACGAGCAUGGGAAGGACUUGGAGACCAAGCAGAUCCUCAUGAGGUGAACAACAGGGUGGCCAGGCUCUUCGAGUGUCACUCAGAUGACCCACGCUUCCACAAGAAGAAGCAGAUCCCACGUGUGGUCUCCAUGCUUACCAAGGAACUUCAUUUUUGUCAGUAAUCAUUCUGGGAUCAUUCUAGCUUAGAACCUAUGGAUCAUUCAUGGAUUAGAUUUUGUUUAAUGCUCUUGAAGUAUCUGGACAUUUAACAGGAUUUUAACUUCAAGAAAAUUUAUUGAUUCAACAAGUAAGAAACUUUCUGGUGCUGCCUGUGUUCUCUGAAUUUUGAGAGACUUUAAAAAUAUGUUACUCAUUUGAUGACUACAAUUUCCUCAAGAUUAAUUUUCUGUUCUCAUUUGAUGACUACAAUUUCCUCAAGAUUAAUUUUCUGUUCGUAUUUCUUUCACCUUGCUAUUGCACUUAGUACAUGCAACAGAAGUGACCUCUGGAGAAGACCCUUGACUGUGUCUACAGUGGUGGCAUUGAAGGAGUCAGAGUCCUGUUGGCAAACAGAAUCCUAGUGCUUGACAAAAAACAGACAAGAAGAUAUUCAUUGGCCUGUAUUGCAGAAAGUGGCUAUAGAGUAUGGUUUGGGUGAUUUUUUUUCCCCAAUGGUUUAGGGCAGAUUCACAUGCAAAAAAAUUUCCCAGAUAAAUUAGAAGACAAGAAACAUUUUCAUGAUCAUAGUGCACAUCAGUCAGGAUCCCGUCUGGAAAACAGAAAACAUCUAGGUGUUUUAAUAGAGGAAAUUUAACACAGGAAAUUGACUUAGAUAGAUGGUACAAGAAAAGCCAAACAGCAGGAAGUUGUUACCACACCCAGAGCUCAGAGGAUAGUAGGAAGAGGCACAGUUCCUGAGUUCAAAGUUGUUACCACACCCAGAGCUCUGAGGACAGUUGGAAGAGGCAUAGUUCCUGAGUUCAGAAGCUGGGAUUAUCCACAAGAGCUGGAACAUGUGGGGUCCCUGGUGGGAAACCAGAAUCAUGGAAGGAUUAUAGAAAAUGGAGCCAUGAUAAAGACAGAGCCACUACCUAAGAUGGAGGCAAAACCAGAGCUACAGAAGAUCCAGAGAAAUAACCAGGCCUUGCCUCUCCUACCCUCCAGUCUUUCAACAACAGUUUACGAUUCCAGCCCUACCUGGAAGCCAGCUGGUGAAGGUCCUGGGGAGUGUAAUUUCCCAUGGCACAGAGCAGAGCUGGAGAUAGUGAGGCAAAGCAGGAACAAGAAAUAGAUGUAAACCUGGCCCAGAAUAAGAAUUUAAGUAAAGCAAUCCCUCGAUAUUCAACAGUCCAUCUACUCGAUCAUUUUUCCAUUGAGUUGUCAGAUAAUCUAUGUAUAUGCAAAAUAAUCUGUUCUAGCUUUAAAAUACACCUAGAACUUUUUAGAUUAUUCUGAGCCCUAUUUCAAGUAAAAAAAAUGGUUACUUCUGAUUUUGUAAGUGGGAGUUUAUGGUAGAGACUUUUAGCACUUUGUUUUCAAGAUGGUGUUUUCUUUUGAAUUCUUGAUAAACUACUUUUUAUCUUCCUAAUAACUGGUUAACAAAUGUUCAUAUUUAUUGAUUAAAAUGUGGUGGUUUAAUGCCUUAAAAAAUU